AUGAGGAAGAACGACAAUGGUGAUUUCAGCACUAUUUGCAAGUCUGGUGCAGAAAAAGCUCUAAGAGUAAAGAAACUGAAGCAAGGUACCAGAAGAGCAAGGAUUGCAACAAAAAAAGUCAACGCCUUGCUUCAGGCUUUCCUCCCAACAAUUGGCUGUCGUAUACAAGCUGUAAUCUCACAUUAUUAUUUUUUCUUCGUCAAGCAAUCUAGCAUUGUUUAUGACAAAAAAAUUGUGAAGAUUUUUUGGCAUCACUGUUCAAGACAAGGAGGGCAUAAAGAAAUCGUAUGGCAUAACUCAUGGGGUCUCAAUACCAGAUUGGUUCAUGCUAACUGCCGUCUCAGAAGGAUUUAUUUUGCUGAACGUCUCUACUCAGAUGAAGAGCUUCCUCCGGAGUUCAAACUCUAUCUCCCAGUGCAGAAAGCAUGAGUGUGUUUCUGCCGUUGUCUUGGAAACUACUUUAGAUAGACCUAAAGCAUCUUAGGUGGGAGGUUCAGGAUGGCUUGUAGCAUCCAUGGUAUUAGGAAUUUGCCAUCAAAGCCGAGAACACAAUUAUAGAAAUGUACCUUAGAUUACAUACAGAAAGGAUAUUUUACUGCCAAUGACCCGCUUGGCGCCGUCUAAGGUGUUUCUGAGCAGCGUUGCCACUGUCAUUAGGCCUACACCACCAGGGAUACCAUUAGAAGCUUCUGAAAAAUCAACAUCACCAACCAACCGAUAUCCUGAUUUCAUAUAAAAUUUUGAUUAUAGAAUUUCUAUAAUAUUCUCAAUCAAAAAUAUAAGAAUAAUAAUAAAUUUUGAGUUCUAAUUCUCUUAAAUUUGAUUGACAGAAAUAGUUUAAAUUUUUAAUAUUUAUCUGAAGAUUUUUAUUUUUAUAAUCAGUACCAUCAUAUAUGUAUACACUCAAAUAAAAAUAAAAAAUCCCUAUGCUUUGUUAUCA